UUGAGCUCUACUGUGUACAUUGUUUCUCACCCAACCAAAAAGGGAGAGUUCCAAGAGCAAUGGGUGCUUCACUUCUUCAAUCAACUGCAAUGCUUAGAUUUUUGUUCCUAGUUUUGAACACCCUGUUGGUCGUCCCGGAGCUUGCCAGCGCCGGCAUCACUAGGCACUACAAGUUCAAUAUCAAGUUGCAUAGCGUGACAAGGUUGUGCCACACGAAGAGCAUCGUGAGUGUGAAUGGGCAGUUUCCAGGACCUCGCAUCAUUGCUCGGGAAGGCGACCGAGUGGUGGUUACGGUGGUUAACAAUGUCCAGAAUAAUGUUACCAUCCACUGGCAUGGCAUUCGGCAGCUUCAGAGUGGAUGGGCAGAUGGACCUGCAUAUGUGACUCAGUGCCCUAUUCAAACAGGCCAGUCCUACGUUUAUAAUUUCACCAUCACUGGACAAAGAGGAACCCUGUUUUGGCAUGCUCACAUUUCAUGGCUAAGAUCCACUGUCUAUGGACCCAUCAUCAUCCUUCCAAAGAAAAAUGUUCCUUACCCAUUUGCAAAACCCUACAAGGAAGUUCCCAUCAUAUUUGGAGAAUGGUUCAAUGCAGAUCCGGAGGCAGUUAUUACAGAGGCCCUGCAGAAUGGAGGUGGCCCCAAUGUUUCAGAUGCCUACACCAUCAAUGGCCUUCCCGGGCCUUUGUACAACUGCUCAGCUAAAGAUACUUUCAAGCUAAAGGUAAAACCCGGGAAGACCUACCUCCUGAGAUUGAUCAAUGCCGCACUCAAUGAUGAGCUCUUCUUCAGCAUUGCCAACCACACCCUUACAGUGGUUGAUGUGGAUGCCAUUUACGUCAAACCCUUUAAAACUGAUACAAUUCUGAUCACUCCAGGCCAAACCACCAACCUCCUCCUCAAAGCCAAACCCCACUUCCCUAAUGCCACCUUCCUCAUGGCUGCUCGCCCUUAUGCCACCGGCCGUGGAACCUUUGACAAUUCCACUGUUGCCGGUCUCCUCCACUAUGAACCACCAUCCAAAUCCUCUCCCUCUGCCUCCUCAUUUAAAAACCUUCCUGUCUUCAAACCAACACUCCCUCCUCUAAAUGACACUUCUUUUGCCGCCAACUUCACCAGAAAGCUCCGAAGCUUAGCAAACAGUGAGUUCCCUGCCAAUGUACCGAAAAAGGUUGACAAGAGAUUUUUCUUCACAGUUGGUCUAGGGACAAACCCUUGCCCACAGAACCAGACCUGUCAAGGACCCAGUAAUAGCACCAAGUUUUCAGCUUCGGUUAACAAUGUCUCCUUUGUUGUACCCACCACAGCCAUCCUCCAAGCACACUUUUUUCAGCAAUCCAAAGGCGUCUACACCACAGAUUUUCCAACCACUCCAACCUUUCCUUUCAAUUAUACAGGGACACCACCCAACAACACCAUGGUGAGCAAUGGAACAAAGGUGGUGGUGCUUCCAUUUAACACCAGUGUGGAGUUAGUGCUGCAAGAUACUAGUAUUCUUGGAAUUGAAAGCCACCCCCUGCACCUUCAUGGAUUCAACUUCUUUCUGGUUGGUCAAGGUUUUGGGAACUUUGAUUCAAAGAAGGACCCUCCCAAAUUCAAUCUCGUAGACCCAGUUGAGAGGAACACCGUGGGUGUGCCUUCUGGAGGAUGGGUAGCUAUUCGCUUCUUUGCUGACAACCCAGGUGUAUGGUUCAUGCACUGCCACUUGGAAGUUCACACAAGCUGGGGCUUGAAGAUGGCUUGGAUCGUAACGGACGGAAAACUGCCUAACCAGAAGUUGCCUCCUCCACCCUCUGAUCUUCCCCAGUGUUGAACUCUCUUUCCUCCAAAACGCUUUUGACCUCAUCUUGGCCUCAAACGAUGCCUCAAUUUUUCCCUUUUGUGAUUUAUUAAUUACUCUUUCAGAUUGUUUUCUCCCCAUUAAUGUUCUUUUCUCCAAAUAAUAAAAUGGAGAUGUUUUUUGGUAAUAAAAUUCCGAAUAUGAUUUUUUUUUU